AUGUCUGUGAACGAUUGUGGUCUACCACGUUUUCAUCUUCGUCGCAUUGGUGCAGCAGCAACAUUAAUUCAAGUACUAGAUAUAUUAGAUUUCAGAAAAAUAGUAACCCUAUUUGGUCGCAAUCCGGAGAGUAUGACAUAUUAUCUGAGUUCCAGUAUUGCUGCAAAUCGUAUAUACAUUUCUCGCAAUCAUGCCAGAGUGGUGAUAUCAACUACAAAUAAUGAACAUAAAUUAAUCGACUCUAGUAUGAACGGGAUGUUUAUAAAUGAUUGUAAAAUAUCAGGUAGUAAAGUAUUACAAGAGGGGGAUAUUGUGAUCUUUGGACAUCCAAAUGGUGUACAUAUACCAGCAGGAACUCAGAUCAGACAGCCAAGCUCAGAAUAUCAGUUCGUGUUUGAACAAUGUGAUUGUAGUGAUGAAGAGAAUCCACGCGAUAAACAGAAAAUUAGACUUAACAAAAAUACUGCUGUUGAUACUUCAAUGGACAGUUCCAUUGGGUUUAAAAAACCCAUGAGCAGACCAAGAGCAAGUACCAUGUCAUAUGAUCCACAACCAGGGCAUAGUGGUGAUGCAGUUUCACAUAGAAAUCUUGAUGGACUCAAAGUGAGGUCUUCAUCGGAACAGUAUUCCAAAAAUAAGUUAGACCGAUGUAAACCAUGUGAUCAUGACAUAUCACCACCAACUACUAAUGUCAAUCCAUCCAGUGAUGACAUAAAACCAAGUGAUGACAUCAUCCCAUUAACUGCUAACAACAUAUCAUCGAGUGAUGACAUCAAACCACCGAGUGAUGACAUCACACCAAUAACUGCUGAUGUCAUAGCACUGAGUGAUGAUGACUCACCAAAUAAUAGCCUUGUAUCACCACAAACUACAGAAAUAUCAUCUUGUGAUGAAACUAAACCACCAACUGCUGAUGUCAUACCACCAAGAGAUGACAUCACACCAGUACCUGCUGAUGUCAUAGCAUUGAGUGGUGAUGACUUACCAAGUAAUGGCCUCGUAUUACCACCAACUACUGAGAUACUACCUUGUGAUAAAACAAAACCACCAACUGAUGACAUCAACUCACCAACUGAUGACAUCAACCAACCAACUGCUUAUGUCAUACCACCAAAAGAUGACAUCACUCAACAAACUGCUAAUGUAAUAGCACUGAGUGAUGAUGACAUAUUACCUUGUAUUGUAUCACCUAGUGCUGCACCAAGGAAUGAUAAAAAAACACUAAUUGAUGACAUUAACUCAACAGCUGCUGAUGUCAUACCACCAAGUGAUGAGAAACAUGUACUUGUAAAUAGCAAAGAACUAAGACAUGUUGAUUAUGAAUUAUCAAACACAAUGCCAGCUGAGCAAGUGGUUGCUAAUGAUUCUAGUGCAAAAGAUGAAAUACAUGUUGCCAGUGUUGAGAAGGUAGACUCAACAGAAAAAGAGAAAUUGCAAGAAGAAAAAGAUCAAAAGUUAGACAAUAACUGCAUCAUUUCAGUUGAAAAAGUAGGCAAGAUUUAUUCUUGUCCAAAGGCCAUGAAAUCCUUCUCUGAUGUUACCAUGGUAAUAGCUGGGACAAAUUUGGAUAUGUCGGACUCAGUAGAUAAAGAGAAUUCGCGAGAAAAAAAUCAACAAGAAGACGAGAACAUCAGGGCAGAUAAAAAAGUAGAUGAUAUACAUAUGAAAGACACCAAGUCUUCCUCUGAUGUUGCUGUGGUGUUAGCAGACUCGAUUGAAAAAAAGAAAUCGCAUAAAAAAGACAACCAGAAAGACAAUAACUGCAUUACUCCAGAUGAAAAAUUAGACAAUAUUAAUUUCUGUACACAUGACAGCAAGUCUUUCUUUGAUACUCCCGUGGCAAUAGAAACAGAAUCAACAGAAAAGGAGAUUUUAUUAGCAAAAGGCCAACAAAAACACACUUACAACUUAACACCAGAUCAAAAAAUAGUUGUUAUUGAUUCUUCAGCAAAGGAAAUGGAGUCUUCCUCUGAUGUUGCCACAGUAAUCAAAGAUAUCACUGUUGAGAUGGCAGAAUCAACUUUAGAAAAGUAUUUACAAGAACAUGACCAACUGAAUGACAAUAGUAUUAUGCCAGAUAAAAAGGUUGUCGCUAUUGAUUCUGGUACAAAGGGCUGCAAGUCUUCUAAUAUUCCUAUGGUAAUGGAGGUUACCAGGGUUAAUAAAGCAGAAUCAACAGAGAAAGAGAAACUAGGAGAAAAAGACCAGCAGAAAGACAGUAAUGUCAUUUCACGACUUGAAAAAGUAGAGUGUGCCAUUGUAAUGAAAGAGACCAAUUUUGAGGUGCCACACACAAGAGAAAAUGAGAUAUUUAGAAAACAAUACCAACCAGAGGACAUCAUGAGAGAUGCUAGCAAUGAUUGUACCAAGGAACUUGAGUCUUCUUCUGAUGUUGUCAUGUUAAUGAACGAUGCAACUGUUAAGUUGGUGAUAGAUUCAAGAAAAAAAAAGAAUUUACAAGAAAAAGAACAGAAGGUCACUAACUGCAUUACAAUGGUUGAAAAGGUAGUUUUUGAGGAUCCCUGUGCAAAGAAUAACAAGCCUUCCUCUGAUGUUGCUAUGGUAAUCGAAAAUGUUGGUUUUGAAAUAGCAGACUCACUUGAAAAAGAGAGAAACUUUAAUUCUGACGUAGAGGGCUUUCUCUCAGAUGGGAGCGUUGUCAGUAAUUCUUGUUCUGAAGACAGCGGGUCUUUUUCAGAGCAUGAUGGUAGUAUUGUAUUUCAAUUACCAGCGAAGGAUAUCAGAAGAGUCAAGUAUAUUGACAGAAAAUUAACAAUUGAUCCUGACAGCACUGAUGAUGAAUAUGACCAUAGCAUACCAUGUGUUGACAAUAGAGACAUAAAUAGUGAACAUAAUACCCAUAACAAUGAAUUGGAUGACAAUAUUAAUGAUGGUCUUAUUAACUACAGUAUAGAUGAUGAGACUUGUGUAAGGUCUGAAUCCAUUGAUUAUAGCACUGUGAAUGUUGAACAAGAAAUCUCAGUAAAGGAGAAUAACACUAUUACUGAUGAAAACAGUUUUGUUUCCAGUGAGUGCGAUGUGGGACUUAUUAGAGAAGAAGAAAUUACAAAGCCUCAAGGUAGUAAUGAUUUACAGAGGGAUAUUGAGAAAAGUGAACCUUCCAAAUCUCAAAUGAUCAUUACUGAACCAAACCAUACUGUUUCAUCCAGGUGUAUCAGCAAGUCGCUUGUUUAUGAAGACUCUGAAGCAGGAGUGUGCUACACAGAAGACUUAGAAAGUAUGAGUUCUACACCUUUGUUAGAAAUGCCAUCUUCUCAAGAAAGUUAUGAUAUAUUCAGUAUAGAAACAGAGAAUGAAUCUAUGCUCUUGCAGGCAAAAGAAGGGGAAUUCUGUUUCAGCAUUUCAGAGGAUGGUACAGAUGAAUCAACUUUGCACUUUGAAAGUGGGAAAGAUGUAGAAACCUUGGAUGGAGAUCAUAGACAAUCUGAGAACAGAGAUUUAGGUAAUGUUGAUGAAAAUAUUGUAGAGAUAGGGUUACAACAGAAUUACAGUGUAUCAAAAGAGUAUCCAAUUGUCCAGUGUCAUUUAAUGCCUAAGGAGGAGAUGAAUGAGUUUCCAAUUUGUAACUCUACCCCCAAAGAGUUUGACAAAGACAGCAUUCUUAAUUCAUCAUCUGUGAAGUUGCAUGGUGUACAUAAAACAAUCUCCAUGCACGAGAAAUCACAAGUAUGUACCAAAGUGUCACAUCAGCAGUUACUAGGCGUGUCAUGUACACAAGAGGGCCAGAAUGAAGUUCAAUGCAUAAUGUCAGAGGAAGAAGACAUUUCACUGUCAAUACAAACCCAGAGUGAUUCAGACAGCGAGGAGGUUAUGGAAGGAGCAGCAAGUCGAAUACUGAAAUUUGGAUCUCAUGGUGCAGCAACAAGUGAUGAGAGUGAUUUGGAUGUGCUAACUCUUAGGCUGCGAAGUAAACAAAUUGAACCUUGUGAUGAGAAACCUUUAGAAGAUGUAAUCCUUGAUGGCCAUUCCCAUGGUACUAAGCGCAAACUUUGUCUAUAUUAUCCUGAUAGGAAAAAGCAGUGUAGUCCUAUUGGUUUUGUCAUAACAACAGGCUGCGAAAUGGAAGGAAUUGAGAAUGAUUCAUUGCCAAAUAUGCAAGCGGAGCGUGAUAAUGGAGAGGUUUCAGCUGUUAAACAUAAAGUUGCUGAUAAUUAUGAAUGUGUUGGAGCAGUCCACAAAUUAUCUGAUGCUGAUAGUCUCACACAUAGUGGUAUUGAUGAAGGUGUGAAAUGUGAGAGCAAGGUAACCAUUGUGAAGGCAGAUAAUUCUUCUGAUGAACACAGUAUAUCUGAUAGUGCAGCAAUUGAGAAGGCAAGAGAUUCUACUGAUGCACACGGUGUAGAUGAUGCUGUCAAUACUGAAGGCAAGGUAAUCAUUGAGAAGGCAGUCAAUUUUUCUGAUGAACACAACGUGGAUGAUGGUGUAACCAUUGAGAAGGCCAAAAAAUAUCCUGAUGUAUCCAAUAAUUCAAAAAAUAAAAAUGAAGUCCUCAUGGCAACAGCAACUGGUCAAUCAACCUAUGUUGAUGGUGCUUGUGCCAGUAAAGAUGAAUGUUUAGAAAUAGAUCAGUUCAGAAUUGUCAUGGAAACUGAUAAUGCUCAUUCAGGGGAUAUUGAUUGUGACACAAAAGAAACUAGUGAAAACAUAGGCUUAGAGAGCACUGCAACUGAAAUCGUUGGCAUGGUUGGUCACAAAGUUGUGGAUAACAAGGAUACUAACACCAUGAUAACUGAUAAAGCUUAUUCAGGUGAUCUUGAAUGUAAGAUAACAGAAGCUAUUGAACAUGAUGGCUCUGAAAAAGCUGCAGCUGUGAUAGCAUUUGAAGUUGGCUACAAAGAUUGGGAUAACUUUACAACUGAGAAUGGGCAAUCAGCUGUAGUUGUUGACACCAUUGGAAGUGAAGAUGACUGUUUGGAGCACAGUGCCAAGGUCAGAGUCACCACGGCAACUAAGAAUGCUUCAGGUGAUCUUCAUAGCAAUACAACUGCAGCUAGUAGUACACAUGAUGGCUCACACAAAAAUAUGUGUGCUGUAUUUGGUGACAAAGAUGAGCAAAACUUAAAAACUGAAACAUCAGAUGGAAAAACAAAGAAUGGUCAACUGGCCGAUAAUGUUGACAUGUCUGGUACCAGUGAAGACGCAUUUUCAGAGGACAGUUUUCUUGUCAAUGUUACCAUGGUAACUGAUGAUUAUUCAGGCAAUCGUAAUGAGACAAUAGAAGAGAGUGAAAAUCAUACUUCAGGGAAAGUUGCUUCUGUGAUGGUUGGUGAGAUCGGUCACAAUGACGAAGAAAACAAGAGUAUCACCAAGGUAACUGAAAAUGCUUAUUCUGGUGAUCUUAAUUAUGACACAACAGAAAGUUGUGAAAAUGAUGGCUCAGAGGAAGCUGUGUAUUUGAUGGCUGAGAAAAUUGUUCUCAAAGACAAGGAAAACUUUACAACUGGAGAUUCACAUUCAUUAGCCGAGAAUUAUCAAUUAAAUACCAAAACAAGUGAAAAUAUAGAAUCAGAAGAAGAUUCCUGGGUCAAUAUACUUGACAAGGUCGAAACCCGAAAGAGUAAAUGUGAAGAGAAAGAUUCCCUGGUAAUUGUUGUCAAGGCAACUAAGAAUGCCCAUUCAACUGAUCUACAUGACAAGGGUGAAACUAGUGAGACAGAAUGUUCAGAAGAGGAUUCCCAUGGUGAAGAUGCAGCCAAUUUUGCAACUGAAAUUUGUGAUACAGAUUAUGUUGGUGACUCUAAAACUGAUGGUGAGGUUUCAGAUGAGGCUGCAGUAGAUAUGAAUUCAAGUGCUGUUACUGAAUAUGCAACUAAAUCUAGUGAUUAUGUAAACUUGCAGUCUUUGGGAGAGAAAGUUUGUAAGAAAGGUCAUAAUGAUGCAGUAAACAUGGCAACAAAAAAGGAUGGGCCCUUUGUAAAUGAAGGUUCAGACAAGGAUAAUCUCACGGAUGAGGUUCUCAUGACAAUUGCCAAAUCCAGUGAUGUGGCUGAACAAGUUGAGAAAAAAAAACUCAGCGGUGUAGUAACCAUGACAACUAAAAAUUGUGAUGCUCAUGAUAAUAUGGAUGAGUCCGUGUCUAGGGGCAAUAAAGAUUUGAAGAAGGGAAGGUUCAAGUAUAAUGUUGAAGACAUACAUCCUGAGACAGCUGAUAAACUUGACAUUGUUGUUUCUGACAAUAAUAAUGAUUCACUUGAUGACUUGGCUGAAAAUCACAGCAACAUAAAUACUGUUAAUAUGAAUGUCAAGGAAAGCAAUCUUAUUUUGGAAAAUAAAAAUGGUGACAGUUUUGAAUCUUCUGUUGCUAUGGGCAACGAUUCAUGCAUUGAUUUCUUUGCCAAUCCUAAGCUUGGUGGUAGUGUUACAAAUCAGGGUAAGAGAAGGGACAGCUUCAAAUUUGGUCAAAACAGGAUAAUAAAUGUGAUGAAGUUACUGUGGUUACAGAGAGGCAUACUUGCUAAGAGGAGCAAGGUUGUCAAAGCUUUCAAGCAUGUUGUUGCUAAAGUUGAAAAGGGUGCCCUUGAAGAUAAUGAAAAUCCAUGGUCUUCAUUCAUUUCUUCUGCUGAUUGUACAUGUGAUGCUGUGGUAGAUUAUAGUUAUUCGAAUGUGAAGAGCAAAGAAGAUCUUGAUGACAUCCAUUGUUCCUUUGAUGAUUCAAGUGAUGGUAGCUUCUCUCCCCCGAGGAUUGAUUUUGAAAAUUGGGAAAAUGGAGAAGCAAAAGUUGAGACUUCCAAUGUUCCUGAGAAUACAAGUGAGCUUACAAAUGAAGCAGUUGGCAAUAAUAAUGAACUCUCUGGAAAUAGUGAAGUAUUCUCUGAUGAACAAAGCGGGGUUGGUAAUAAAGUUGCUGGUAAAAAGCGAUUCACGAAACUUACAGUGGGAAAGAAACGUUCCUCUCUAAAAGAUCUUGACGUUAAUGAUAUUGUUGCUGAAGAAGAGAGUAGCAGUCGACCUUCUAAGAGAUGCAAGACUGAUACCAAAAACCAUCCUCAGUCUGAUAUCCCUGAAAAAGUCCAAUCUCAGAGAGAAAUGCCUGUGUUAACAAAUGCUUAUGAACCAGGUGAAGAAACUGACAGAACAAAAGUCAAAUCCCCAAGGAAAUUGCAACACGUGGCAGGAAAAGUCAAAGAGGCUUUGGAUCAAUUCAGGGCAACAAGUUUAAUUGAAAAAAUAAGGAGUAGAGUUAAGCAACAUCAGAAAGUUUACAACACUCCAGGUAUUUUAUCAAGCAGUGCAGGACAGACAAAACGAAGAAUCCUCCCUUCACGUUCAAAGUUAAAGACUGAUGAUAUUAUUCAGCAUAUCAAUAGCUGUUCUAAUGUACUUAAUAAAUUAGAAGAGACUCUGAAUAGCCAUGCAUUUCAGACAAUAACACAAGCAGAUAAAUGGAGAGAAGAACUUGAAAAACUUAGAGAGAAGUUGAACCUGCCUCCUACAACAAUAGCUGUUGUCGGAGAUACAGGUGCUGGUAAAAGUUGUUUGAUGAAUGCCUUGCUGGACGAAGAGGCUGUACUUCCUACAUCUGGGAUGAGAGCCUGCACUGCAGUGGUGGUAGAAAUUGCAGAAAAUGUCAAGUCCAAUAAAUUCGAUGCAGAGAUUAAAUUUCUUUCGGUCAAGGAAUGGGAUGAUGAAUUGAAAUUAUUAUUGUCUGAAUUGAUCGGUGAUGACGGGAAGAUCCGAGGUAGACCUGAUAUAAAGUCAGAUGUUGGGAUAGCAUACAGUAAAGUGAAAGCAGUGUAUGGGAAGAUUGCAAAAUACAAAGAAUUGUCUAAAAUGAAAGAUGUCACCAAUAAGCUGGGAACAACUGAAUAUAUUUCAUGCCUACGACCCCGUGAAUUCAGACGACAAAUUGAUCGAUACAUCGAUUCCAAUGAUAAUGACACCAAAGCAUCACGCAGUGGCGGCCAGUUUUGGCCAAUAGUGAAGCAAGUAAAAGUGAAGAUACCACAUUGUGAUGUGUGUAGCAGUGGUGCAGUCUUAGUUGAUUUACCGGGCAUCAGAGAUUCAAAUGCCGCUAGGGAUAAUAUUGCCAAAGAAUACUUAAAGACUUGUACGGCUGUGUGGAUUGUUGCUGACAUAACAAGGGCUGUAGAUAACAAGACAGCUAAAGAUUUGCUUGGUGAAAGUUUUCGUAGACAACUGUUGAUGGAUGGGCAGUAUGGAAGUAUAGGAUUUAUCUGCACAAAGAAUGAUCUCAUUAAUCCUUCUGAGAUUAUCAGAGCUCUGCACCUCGGCCCACAAUGUGAUUUACUGGAGAAGGAUAUGGAUGAGAUUAAAAACACAAUGCAACCUAUAAAGGAUCAAACGGAUGAAUUGGAGGCUAAGGCGGUUGAUCUGGAAAUUGAAAUAAAGGCCCUUAAUGCUGAUAUUGAAGAGCUCAAGGAAGACGUAUUUGAUUUGGAAGAUGUCACACCUAUUAAUUUGAACUUAAGUGUUGAGGACAGUGACAGUGAGGCAUCAGAAAUAGCAUUUGAGCUUGCUAAAAGGAAACAGGAACUGGCAGAGAAGCGGGAAUUAUUUAAAGAAAAUCAAAAUAUCUUAACAGAAGUGAAGGAACUCAUAGAAGUGAAGACGAAAGAGUUGUUACCCUACACAAAGCAAAUAGAAGAUAAACAGAAGAAUAUCCGGGAAAUCUGUGCAAAUGCUAGAAAUAAGUAUGCUAAAAGACAAAUAAAGAGAGACUUUAAGGCGGGCCUUAAGGAAAUAAAAAAGAAAGCAGGUUUUCCGACUGCUGAUGUAGAUGAUGAAUUAGAUGAAAGUCUGGAUUUUGAUUCGGAUGAUGGAGAUGAUGACGAGGAGUUGAUUAAGACUGUGGAGAGUCUUAAAGUAUUUACAGUCAGUUCUACUGAGUAUCUUAAAUUGAGAGGAAAGCUUGCAAGAGAUGGAGCACCCACGGUGUAUUCACGACUGGAAGAUACUCAGAUUCCAAGCAUAAGAGAGUUUGUACACAGUAUGACAAAGACCAGGAGAUUGCAGGCAACAGAGAAAGUUGUUCGCAGUGUGGGUAGAUUUGUGGAAAAUGUACACAGCUACGUAGAAAACGAAGGCACUGAGAACAAAAGUGCCCGUGUGAAUGCUAAGUCAACCUUUGAUGCUCAUUUAGAAAAAUUACAGACUCAGCUGAGCCCUUUGUUAGACUCGCUAAAUACAGCUAUACAGGACGCAUUUGAUAAUUCCAUUAAACCUAAGUUGAAAGACGGUGUUAAAGCGGCUCUGAACUUAUCCAGUAAUAUUGUACAGAAGUGGGGAGCACCAAUGAACCGUGGUGGUUAUCAUUCUGCAACCUACAGAGCGACAGUUAAUCGUGACGGUGUAUAUAACUCACCGACUGCUGGUGCCAUUGAUUUCAAUCAAGAUCUAUCUGAACCAGUCUAUUCAUCCAUUGUUAUUGAGUGGGAUAAACUUUUCAGUAGUGUGUUGUCACGGAUAUUGAAUUCCUGUAUUCGCACCAUCUUGUCUACAAUAAAAAAGUUCUUCUUGGAUAUGCAGAAGGAAUUGGAAAGUCUCGGGGUAGACAUGCAAAGAAUCAAACGAGUUGCACAACAACAAAUGAACAGUGCUGCUAAUAAGCUCCACACUACCGUCACUGAAUUGAACGAUUUCAUACAAGAACAACAACGAACCAUCAAUCGCCUCAUCACCCCAAGCGUUCAGUGUCACUUGGCGCCUAUCUAUGCUUACUGUCAAAAUGAAAGAGGUAACGGGUGUAUUGGUCGAAUGAAACAACACAUGGCAUGUUAUGUUAACACAGAGAAAAAUACCAUGUAUGAUCAGGCGUCUCAGCAACUAUUACAAAGACUACUUGAGUUACAGAAACAAAUAGUGAUAUUUGUGAAGACAGCAUGUGAUGUGAUAUGCUAUGAUCUGAGAUUGCAAUUUGAGCCAUUCUGGGACUCGCCUGUCAAUACUAUGUAUCUCAGGCAACAACUCCUGCCUGGCAUAGUGCAAUGUCAGAACCUCAUGAAGACCAUUUACACUGAAGCCAAUAUAGUACCAGCACAGGAAGACUUAUUGGAGAACAAACCUCAACUUGUUACCAGUCAGCAAGCACCCAUCAAUAGCAACACCCCAUCCACCUCAAGUGUAUUACCUCUGUCUUCACAUUCAACGACAUGGAAUGAACCAUCCAACUCACAAACUGUAUUAGGUAGACAUCAGCUCAUGUAUGCAACCCAGCCAACAUACACAGCUAGUAGCAAUCAGAUGAUUUUAUCUCAGCUGUUGUAUCCAACCAGUGAAGCCAGUAGCAGCCAGCAGACGUAUAACAUUGAUCAACAUGCUCUGCCUCAUUGUGUCAAUCUUGGUGCCAUGCCAUCAGCACAUAACAGUAGUAUGAUUGGUAAUCUUGAGUAACGAGUAGCAUUAGAGUGAAACAGGAGUGCCUUAGAGAGAGUGGUGCAUACAGCACUACCACUAAGGUGUGUGUGAAAACGGAACCAGGAAGCUUUACUGAUCAAACAACACAGAAACGUAAAUCAGAACUGGAAAUAAUUGAUUUGACUUUAGACAGCGAUUUUGAACCAACUCCUAAAAAAAAGAAA